AUGUCUGCUACUGCGGCUAGCAUCGCCUCUGAUGGAGGCACAGGGGCCAAAUUUACCUACGCUACGACAGUGGUUGCUGGUGUGGCCUCGUUUGCAGCGACAUUGCUCUCCGUUGUGUAUGUUUUCUCCCCGGAUCCAACAAGGCAAGUACGUUAUGCCCAGCUGACAAUCCAGGCACUUAGUUCGAUAUGGCUUCAGACGAAAAACUAUCGAAAGCCUCUGCUUCAGCGCUACGUUGUCCGAAUACUGCUCAUGGUUCCCAUCUACUCCAUCGCGUCCUUCACGAGCAUGGUGUCACUGACCGCUGCUGCAUUUAUUGACCCUAUCCGAGACAUAUACGAAGCCUUUACCAUUUACACGUUUUUCCAGCUCCUAAUCAACUAUCUGGGGGGAGAAAGAGCUUUGAUCAUCAUGACGCAUGGCCGUGCCCCAGUCCAGCACCUGUGGCCGAUGAACCACAUUCUACGCAAAGUUGAUAUAUCGGAUCCUUACACAUUUCUAUCCAUUAAGCGGGGAAUUUUGCAAUAUGCGUGGCUCAAGCCCAUUCUUGCAGUUGCAGCCAUCGUCAUGAAAGCGACGGGUACGUACCAGGAGGGAUACAUUGGCGCCAAGUCUGGCUACUUUUGGAGCGGCAUCAUCUACAAUAUCAGCGUUACUGUGAGCUUGUAUUCUCUUGGUUUGUUCUGGGUAUGCAUGCACCGGGAUUUGACGCCUUUCCGCCCUGUUCCCAAGUUCCUCUGCAUCAAACUCAUUAUUUUUGCGUCGUACUGGCAAGGCUUCUUCCUGUCUAUCCUUGUGUGGCUCGGCGCUAUUCCAGACAACGUCCAGGGUUACACGAGGGAUAAUCUUGCCGCUGCCAUCCAGGACGCACUGAUUUGCAUCGAGAUGCCGGCAUUUGCAGUUGCCCACUGGUACGCCUUCUCAUGGCAUGAUUUCGCCGAUGACAGUAUCCUAUCCGCCCGCAUGCCCUUGCACCACGCACUCAAGGACUCGUUUGGCAUCAAGGAUCUCAUAGAGGACUCCAAAGAGACAUUCCGGGGCAAUAACUAUGGCUACCGGGCGUUUGACUCUGGAGACAAGGUCAUGGCCCAUGAAGACUCCAAAUCGCGCCUUGCGAGGUUAGACGCGGGCAUGAGAUAUGAGCGUGGAGGGAAAGCGAAAUACUGGCUCCCAAAACCAGGGGAAGUUAGCGCCACCUCGCCACUUCUGGGGGGGCCUAGCUCAAGUAGAACUGGCGACACAUUAUUUGAACAGCAGCAUGGGACUUUUGAUGAGCCCCAAUUGGAUGAGGAUGAAGAACGCUUGUACAACUCUGCCAGACAGUUGCAGUACGGCGAUUGGAAUUACCCCGUCAUCACAGCCAGCGAACCACUGGCUGAACGAUACAGACUGUCGAUGAGCAGUUUGAACAGUAGAUCAGCAUCCUGCUCAACCGAAUCAACACGACCACGACCACCGCAAGCAACGAGUUCAAAGCCAAACUCAUCUCGACACCCAUCACCCGGACAGACAGAGGAACCGCAGCCUGUUGUUGUAGUGAAAAAGAAGAAGAAGGCGAAGAAAGUGGUGAAGCAUCCAGAACCAGAUCCAGCAGGCCUGGGUCUGGGGAAGGGUCCCCCGGCUGCUCCUGCUGCUGCUGCUCUCGCUUCUGCUCCCACGACUGCAGCUGAAGCCAGUGCAAGUGGGCAGAGACCUGAACCGGAAGAAGCUAGACGAAGGGGAGAUUCAGCUACAGACGAGGAGUCGCAAACGCAUAGAUACCACAUAGAUGGUAGCGACGAGUUCCGUAACGUGUGGGAAUAA